AAAGACUUUUUCUGUUUUACUUUUCUAGUGUUGUUAGUGUUGGCGAGAAGUAUUUUUUGCAUUCAAUUUUAUUCGGAAUUAUAUAGAAUUUAUUAAAAAGAUGACUAGUUGCUGGGAAGGAAAAAAAUAUAAAUUAGAAAAAAGCGAAAACUUUGAUGAAUACAUGAAAGAAUUAGGUGUCGGCAUGGUUUUACGCAAGAUGGGCAACUCCGUUAGUCCUACCGUUGAAUUGAAGCUAGAUGGUGAAAAAUAUUCACUAACUACCUCAUCGACCUUUAAAACCUCGACCAUUACGUUUAAAUUGGGCGAGGAAUUCGAUGAGGAGACCUUGGAUGGUCGCAAAGUUAAAUCUAUUUGCACUAUGGACGGCAAUACAUUAAUACAAGAGCAGAAAGGUGAUAAGCCUUCCAAAAUAAUACGCGAAUUUAAAGAAGAUGAGUUAAUUACUACGCUUACCCUUGGAGACAUUAAAUCGGUCCGUGUGUACAAAGCGAUCUAAAUACGUAGCUAGUUUUUUUUUUUUUUUUUUUUUUUAUAACCAAAUAUCCGAUUAUAUAUUGCCUGCCAAUAUUUCAAUAGUAGUAAUCCUGGAGAAAUGGCUGUUCGUUGACUGAAAUUUAUUAAAUCCA